GUCUUUUUUGGCAAGUACGGAAUAAUAAAUUAUGAUUUGAAGGGAAACAAAAAAGGGACGCUCGUGAUAACAUUUCAUGGACUGAACGGAACAAAUCUAACCUUCCUGGACAUACAAAAAACGCUAGUCAAAUAUAAGUUUCAGGUUCUCAAUUUUGAUCUGUAUGGACAUGGAUUAUCUGCCUGCCCCAAAUAUAAUCACCGAAAAAAAACCUACGGAAUAAAUUUUUUUUUAACUCAGACGGAGGAAUUGCUGACCCAUUUAAAAUUACUACAUAAGGAUUUUUAUCUGAUAGGGUUUUCCAUGGGCUGCGUAAUUGCCAUUAGCUUUGCAAAGAAGUACAUAAAUCAGGUGAAGAAAAUUAUUUUGAUAUCCCCUGUUGGCAUUUUGGAGAAAAAGCCCUUUGCCCUGAAGGUUCUAAAAUUGUUCCCUUGCCUGAUCAACAUUUCUUCCUUUUUUAUGUUGCCCUGUUUUAUUUCGAAGAAGAAUUUUAAGCGCGAUUCGAAGGGGGACUUCAGGAAGGGGUCACACAGGAGGGCGUCAAAAAGGGGAAACAAAGGGGACCCCAAAAAUGACCGCAAAAGGGACCUCAAAAGUGGUAACAAAAGUGGUAACAAAAGUGGUAACAAAAGUGACUCCAGAAACGCCUCCAAGGGUGCCUUCGAAGACGCGCCCGGCAAAUCGCUCAAGGAGGACCCCCAAGACGACUCCGAUAACGACACGUCCGACUACCUCUACAACCGAAUCAUGUGGCAGGCGUUUGUGAAAAAAAAUAUCACGCACUCAAUACUGGGCUGCAUUAACAACUUAAAAAUGUGGAGCGCCCAUGACAUAUUCAAAGAAGUCGGACUGAAUCAUAUCCCCGUUUUGAUUCUCUGUGGCGAGAAAGACAACAUCUGUAGCGUCCACGUUUUCAAGAACACGUCGAAAUUUUUCAUCAAUUGCCACAUGAUAAUUUUUAGGAAUGCCUCCCACUUAGUUUUGGUCGAGAAGAGCAAAGAAAUUAACUCUUGCGUGGUGACCUUCUUCCACUUCCCCAACAACGCUGAUUUGAGGACCGUCCAUCAUAUGUUUCCGGUGGACACGCUGGGGAACUCGGUCCUUUACUAG